ACUUCUCAUAUCAGCCCCGCUCACCUCUCAAGUCACCGUUGACCCCACAAGCGCGCUCACCAUGGACCAACCCAUCGCAAACGCAAACGCAAACGCAAAUCCUUCCACAAAGACUCCCGUCGUCAGAGGUGCUCGGGCAUGCACCGUGUGUAGGCUUGCCAAGAUGAAAUGCGUCGGGGCGGAGGAUGGCACCAAACGCUGCCAACGCUGCCAGAGAUCAGGUGCCGAGUCAGUCUCUGUAUGCUCUCUAUCUGCUGCGGUAUCCUCAUCUCCUCGUCGCAGCUGCAUUUUCGAAAAGCAUCGUCGCGGCCGCAAGCCUGGCUCAAAACUCUCCGAAGCUUCGAAGAUGCUUCGUCGUCUCGAAAAAGGCCUCAACAAUGCCAAGGCAAAGCAACCCAAUCCCGGUCUUCCCCACGCUUCCACCUCCGCCGUACCAUACGGCCAGGAGGGUGGUCUUAGCUCCGCCAACAACGGCACGCACUCCGGUGCACAGUCCGAUUCCGAUAUGGAAGAAGAGGACGAGUACCGCCAGGACGACCAGGCGCUCUACGCCGACCGCGAGAUCCGCAAACACAUGCGCAGUUCCUUCCUUGACGUCGUUAUGAACAAGGAACCUUCCGCUGAGCCCGCUCGGCCCCAGUCAGGCAGCCCCUCCGAUCGCUCCUCGUUCUUCCAAGCUCAAGCUAAGGCGCCCUCUCAAAGCCCUAUCCGUUCCCAUGGCUCCCCGCAGCCUAAGCCAUACAGCGCGCUUUUCGCCUACGCCCCCAAGGAUCCCGUCGCAGCCGGCAUCAUUUCGGAGGCAGACGUCAGCAAAUACUUUGAUGCCUUCUUCCUCCGUCUGAACCCCUUCAUCAACCUCUUCGACGCCGCGCUUCAUUCCCCGGACUACGUCCGUUCCCGCUCGCCAUUCUUGUUCACGACUAUGCUCAUGGCGUGCUGCAAGUUCUUCUGCCCGGCCAGCUACCCCGACGUCAGACGCCUCGCGCACGAGUGGUGCGUGUACACUUUCGCCGAGGGCACGGAAAGCGUCGAGACCGUUCAAGCGCUUGCGUGCAUGACGUACUGGAAGGAACCCGCUGAUCGUAGGACAUGGACGUACAUUGGGAUGGCCUGCCGCAUGGCUGUCAACCUCCGCCUUAAUCGCUACGUCGGUGGCCACCAGAUGAACGAGAGCAUUGAUCAGAUGCUUGAGCGUAGGAACAGAGAGCGCGCCUAUCUCGUCCUCUUCGUCCACGAUCGCUCGCUCAGCAUGCAGACGGGCAAACACUGGAUGCUUCCCGAGGACGAGCUCGUGCGGCACUCAAACAAUUGGCAUAAGGAGGGUGCGAUCGGCCAAAACGCGGAAAUCCGUCCCGAAGACGUGAUCCUCGCCGCAUUCGUCAACCUUCGCCUAAUCGGUUCCGAGGCCACGGACACGUUCUACAAUCGUACCAACAUGUUCGAGAAUCAGCUCGACAAGUAUAACGAGGAACUGGACGGAUGGCUGGCAACCUGGAUCGCCGAAAUGCGCAAAGCAUCUUCGGCAACUGAGUUCCACACAUCGUUCCUGAACUUCUUCCAGUCGCAUGUUAGAUUGUUCCUUAACACCUUCGGCCUUAAUCUCUCGAAUCUCGAGGCGAGGCGCAUUAUGCCCAACCCUCAGGCAGUGCGUCAGUGUCACCAGAGCGCGCGUACCAACUUGCAAAUAGUCUCCCAUGAUUUCGCCGCAAUGCAUGUUCUGCAGUACUGCCAAGAGUCGAUCACUGUGAUGUCGGCCUACGCUGCCAUCGUUUUGCUGAAGCUGAUUCGAAAUCCUACGACGAUGAUCCACCUCCGGGAGAAUGUUGAGGACAUCCACGCCCUGAUCAAUAAGACAGCUGAUGCGUAUCAAAGUGCCGGCCAUCUCACUGGUUCCGAGCUUGACUCUGCCGCAUAUCACGCCCGCUUUCUACGACGCUUGACAGCGAUGCCCCAAGAGCAACGUGCUCGUCCACAGACGGAGAGAAGUGGUUAUAGGCCGGAGGGUGUUCCUCCUUCGUUUGCUCAAGGUCUUCCACCGAUUCGUGCUUCUCAGCCGUCGGUGGGUUUACCGGUGGACGCGUUCUCCGUGCAGCGUUCUGCAGCCUCUCAUGGACUGAACCCACCGCACCUCGCUCCGUUAUCCAUCCCCGGCUCCACCAACGGUGUGCACAGCUUCAAUCCAAGCUACCCCGACUAUGGCAUGGACGCUGCAGUUCGCAACGGUCUGUCACGGCACAAUGGGAGCGGCGCGCCGGCAUCUUUCGUGGGCGGCGAUUCCGACGACUCGUACUUCAACUACAUGCUCGGGGAGAUCCCUUACGCCGACGGUUUGUUCUCGACAAGCGAUGGCUCGCCACACUCCGGUAUGGGUCUCAUGAGCAACCACAAUGGUGGGGCGACGGACUUCUCGUACGGUACGACAGCGCCGUCGAGCCAUUAUCGCGAAUCUGGCUUGGCUCCUUCGCAGAUGUCCACGUUUGGUUUGGGCGGGCAGGGGCCCAGCCGCUCAUAUCAGCAUCUUCCCCCAAUGCAGCCAUACGUCACGAACGGCUUUGACUCGCGUUGAGAGACUACGAGAUUAUCGCAUCCACAUUUCCCCAUGUCCAGCCCGCAUCCAGCAUUGAAUCUUUGGACUCUUCGCACGUCGAUUGAGCGGGUCUUGUUCGUUACCCGUUCCGCGCACUCCUCUCAUGUCUUUUGAAGCAUGUUUGGAACAUUAUAAGAGUGUAAUUCUCGUCUCCUGUGUCUCUUGCCAUCUACAUCGCGUC